CCGGGGAGCGGCCCUCCGAGCCCGGGGAGCAUCCUCAGGCCGAGCCCGGGCCUCCGGCCGAGGGGGCCGGACCACAGCCGCCGCUUGCCCAGGACCCUGAGCUGCUGUCGGUGAUACGGCAGAAGGAGAAGGAUCUGGUGUUGGCGGCUCGUCUGGGCAAGGCACUGCUCGAGAGGAACCAGGACAUGAGCCGGCAGUAUGAGCAGAUGCACAAGGAGCUGACGGACAAGCUGGAGCACUUAGAACAAGAGAAACAUGAACUGAGAAGACGGUUUGAGAACCGAGAAGGGGAGUGGGAAGGACGAGUGUCAGAGCUGGAGAGUGAUGUGAAACAGCUACAGGAUGAGUUGGAGAGGCAACAAGUUCAUCUUCGGGAAGCAGAUCGAGAAAAAACACGGGCUGUUCAGGAGCUAUCAGAGCAGAACCAAAGGUUAUUGGAUCAACUCAGCAGGGCAUCAGAAGUUGAGCGGCAACUCUCCAUGCAGGUCCACGCCCUCAGAGAAGACUUUCGGGAGAAAAACUCGUCAACCAACCAGCACAUCAUCCGGCUGGAGAGCCUGCAGGCGGAGCAGGUUCUUGAAAUCAAGAUGCUGUCAGAUCGGAAACGAGAGCUGGAGCAUCGUCUCAGUGCCACCUUAGAGGAAAAUGACCUGCUACAAGGGACUGUGGAGGAGCUACAGGACCGGGUGCUGAUCCUGGAGAGGCAGGGCCAUGACAAAGACCUGCAGCUGCACCAAAGCCAGCUGGAGCUGCAGGAGGUGCGGCUCUCCUACCGACAGCUGCAGGUGAAGGUGGAGGAGCUCACUGAGGAGAGGAGUCUGCAGAGCUCUGCGGCCACCAGCGCAUCCCUCCUGUCAGAGAUCGAGCAGAGCAUGGAGGCUGAGGAGCUGGAGCAGGAGAGAGAGCAGCUGAGACUGCAGCUCUGGGAGGCCUACUGCCAGGUUCGCUAUCUGUGCUCACACCUUCGAGGAAAUGACAGCGCUGACUCGGCUGUGUCCACGGACUCCUCCAUGGACGAGUCUUCAGAAACGUCGUCUGCCAAGGAUGUGCCAGCUGGCAGCUUGCGCACUGCCCUCAAUGAGCUCAAGAGGCUUAUACAGAGCAUCGUGGAUGGCAUGGAGCCCACAAGCUCCCGGAGAAUUGAUGAGGACUCUUUAGAAGAACAGAUAAGGCAGACCAGCGAGGACUCGAGAGCCCUGAGGGAGCUCAUGGAGGGGGAGAGGGGUAAACUGAGGCAGAGCCUAGAAGAGCUGCAGCAACUCCACAGUCAGGUGACACUGCUGAGUGUGGAGAUGACUGCACUGAAAGAGGAGAGGGACCGACUCAGAGUGACAUCUGAGGACAAGGAGCCAAAGGAGCAGCUUCAGAAAGCCAUCAGGGACCGGGAUGAGGCCAUUGCAAAGAAGAAUGCCGUGGAGCUGGAACUUGCCAAGUGCAGGAUGGACAUGAUGUCUCUGAACAGCCAGCUGCUGGACGCCAUUCAGCAGAAACUGAACCUCUCCCAGCAGCUUGAGGCCUGGCAGGAUGACAUGCACAGGGUCAUUGACCGGCAACUGAUGGACACGCACCUGAAGGAACGGAGCCAGCCUGCUGCUGCCGUCUCCAGGGGCCACGGUGCAGGGCGGGGCGAUGAGCCCGGCACCACUGAAGGCAAACGGCUCUUCUCUUUCUUCAGGAAAAUUUAAGUUGGGAGGAGUCGGCCACGGAGGACAGGCAGACUGGAAGCAGCUAGAAGGCAGUGUGAGCAAGGGCCUCCCCUGUGGCCUAGGGGAGCUGCACUGCCUGCCCACACUGGGGCCCAAUAGGUCCCAGAGAACCCACUCCCUUUUGUCAGUGUGGAUAGACCAAGAGGCAGGGGCCUCUUGGCCUCUGAAAGCUGCUCUAGCCAAGCCCAAGCCUGGGCUCCCAGGAUCCCAUUAUCGAGCAGGGGUAAGGCCACCUUCCAGAGCAGCCUGUGGGUUGGGCUCUGCUGCUCAGACCCGCUUGUUCUCAGCCCACCUGGCAGGCACUGCUGCCUCCGCAAUUUUAGAUAAUGGGCAACAGAAGAAACGGAGGCCCUCAUCUGCAUGCCUUGGAAGGCAUGAGCCUCGGGGGCCUGCCUAGUCCUGCAGAGCAGCAGGCCCGGCCUAUGCCUCCAUUCCUGCCCCAGCCACUGGCCCAGAGUAAGGGGAAGUGCGGCCCCUUACCCAUGUGCAUGCACCUUUGCUGGGGCCCCUCUGCAGGCAGGAGGCCCAGCCUUCGGCCAAGGAGCCUAAGAGCUGGGGUAUACCCAAGCUCGGCUGAGGCCAUCCUAAGCCCCAGGGAGGAAGGAGGGCCCUGCCCCCUGGCCACCGCCAACUCUCCUCCCCAGCCUUCUCCAGAGUAGUCCUUUACCCUUAGCGAGGCCUGGGCCAGAUGGCGUUCUCACUGGUUGGCGACAGGCAUCAAUUAGUGGUCCAGUCCUCUCUUCGUGGAAGGCCCAGGGCUGAGAGGGCUCAUCUUGUUUCCACAGCCUCCUGCCCCUCAAAUAUAAUUUCUUGGCCCAGGUGAGCAAGUCCUGGCCACAGAAUGUCCUCACAGGGGUAUGGCCAGCCACCCCCUCCUCCAAGGCAGCACUAACACCAUGGGUGUAAGAGAGGCUACUGGGAGCCUCCACAUACUGUCCACCGGGCCUGCAGAGGGCCAGGGCCUAACCCUGCUGCUUCUGCUCCUUCCACAGCAGCCACCCUACUGUCUCUGUUGAGGCCCUAACUCGAGGCUCUUCAGGCCCAGCCUGCCCUCAGCUGCUUACCACUGAUUCAGUCUCCCUCGCUCCAGGGGAAAAGCACAGCAGGGAUGAGCAGAAAGAAUGUACCUAUAGAUAUGUACAUACCACAGUGCUGUAAUUUUGUAUGUAGCAAACAUGUAAAUACAUGUAUGGAUUUUAUAAUAUAUAUAAAUCUAUAAAGGCAUAUUUUUAGAAAAACCGCACCACUGCUUCUUUUGAAAAUAGUCUGAAUAAGAAUAAAACAGAUUUCUACAGAG